UUUUAGUUUAUAUUUCUUCGUCCACUGUUGGCUUCGUCUGUCACUCUCUUUCUCCCAGCGGCAACAAACAAAACAAAGCUAACUCCUUACUUCUUUCACUAAUCCAAUGAACGAACAAACACCUCUCUCUCUAGGGUUUGGAGUUUCGACACCAUGACGAGGGAGAAGCGUUUUGCGCCAUAAUUCUUGUAGGGUUUUUUGCUCUUCCUUCAUGCCAAUUCCAUUCACUGCGUAACAGAGAGAGUUCCGUUCACUCAUUGUGAUCGAACCAGAUUCGGUUUUCACCCUCGCACGAAGUAGGGAUUGUUGUUUCGUGCGCGGAAUUUGGUUCUGCGAAGGGAAUUCGUUGUUUAUUUCGUUUGCUUGCUGAGGUAGGAGGAUUAUAGGCACUACCGUAUGUAGAUAGUUACGUGUUAUUUGAAUUGUACUCUGGUGGGCGAAUGUUGCUUGGAGCUGCAUAAUGAUAGUUGCUGUGGAUUUGAAUGCCUCACCUGUGCCAGAGGACGAUGAAGAUGAUUUUGGCCGCCAGGUUGAAGAGUACCGUACACCAGAAGAGCGUGUGGAAUCUGCAGUUGAUAUUGCUCACCAGGAAUGUGAAGAAAGAAAAAGAAAGUUGAAAAGAGAACAUUCAGAUGACAAACCUGUGCAAGUAUCACAAUCACCUGGACAUGAUCAGUUAUUUCAUACUAAGAUUCUUAAAUCAUAUGAUAGAAGUAAGCUUCCUCCCGGUUGGUUGGAUUGCCCUUCAUUUGGCCAGGAAAUUUAUUGCAUGAUACCAUCCAAGGUUCCACUUGGUGAAUCAUUCAAUGAUGACAUCAUUCCUGGUAAAAGAUACUCAUUUAAACAAGUGAUACAUCAACAGAGAGUUUUAGGGAGAAAGCUUGAUCUGGUAAUUGAUUUGACGAAUACUUCUCGAUACUAUUCAGUAGCAGAUUUAAAGAAAGAGGGUAUCAAGUAUGUUAAGAUUCAAUGCAAGGGCCGUGAUUCUGUACCUGAUAAUUUAUCUGUUAAUCAUUUUGUCUAUGAGGUUAUGCAAUUUCUAUUACGUCAAAAACACUCGAGGAAGCAUAUACUUGUUCAUUGUACACAUGGUCAUAAUCGUACAGGAUACAUGAUCAUCCAUUAUCUGAUGCGCUCAAUGUCAAUGUCUGUUACUCAGGCAAUAAAAAUAUUUUCUGAUGCACGCCCUCCGGGAAUCUAUAAACCUGAGUACAUUGAUGCAUUGUAUGCAUUUUAUCAUGAAAAAAAGCCUGAAAUGAUAGUUUGUCCUCCUACCCCCGAGUGGAAGAGAACUCCUGAACUUGUUGAUCUAAAUGGUGAAGCAAUGCCAGAUGAUGAUGAUGAUGGAGUACCAGGCUCUCCUUUGCAUGUAUGGGAGAAUCAUGUGACUGACACUAUAAUGAGAAAUGAUGAUGUUUUGGGAGAUGAGAUACCUAAUGAUCAGCAAGAUGCAUUUCGUCAGUUCUGCUUUCGAACACUCAAACUAGGUGUUGGGGCCAGAGGGCACAUGCAAUUUCCAGGGUCACACCCAGUUUCUUUAAACAGGGAGAAUUUACAACUGUUACGACAACGUUAUUAUUAUGCAACAUGGAAAGCUGAUGGAACAAGAUAUAUGAUGCUAAUAACUAUGGACGGAUGUUACUUGAUUGAUAGAAGCUUCAAUUUUCGAAGGGUUCAAAUGAGGUUUCCUUGCAGGAUUACAAAGGAUGGCAUGGCUGAGAAGACACACCACUUCACAUUGCUUGAUGGGGAGAUGAUUAUUGAUACAUUGCCAGAUUCCAAAAAGCAGGAAAGGAGAUACCUCAUAUAUGAUCUGAUGGCAAUCAAUGGAGUAUCAGUAAUAGAGCGACCAUUUUAUGAACGGUGGAAGAUGCUAGAGAAAGUUAUUGAACCCAGGAAUCAGGAACGGUUCCAGAGUAGAAAUCCUUACUAUAGAUAUGACAUGGAGCCAUUCCGGGUGAGGAGAAAAGAUUUUUGGCUGCUCUCUACUGUCACAAAGCUUUUAAGCGAAUUCAUUCCGAAACUCUCACAUGAUGCAGAUGGUCUCAUAUUUCAGGGAUGGGAUGAUCCUUACAUACCUCGCACUCACGAAGGCCUCUUGAAGUGGAAAUAUGCUGAGCUGAAUUCAGUUGAUUUUCUCUUUGAGAUUGAUAACGAUUGUCAGCUACUUCUUCUGUAUGAACGUGGAAAAAGGAAGCUCUUGGAAGGCUAUAGGGUUGCAUUUGAAGGUUUGGAUCCCUUGCAUUAUUCCGGAAAGAUCAUUGAGUGUUCUUGGGAUUCUGACAGACAGGAAUGGAUAUUCAAGCGAAUCAGAACAGAUAAAUCAACACCAAAUGACUUUAAUACUUAUAGAAAGGUGAUGCGAAGUAUAAGAGACAAUAUCACAGAGGAUGUCCUGUUGAAUGAAAUAAAUGAGAUAAUUUGCCUUCCCUUGUAUGCAGACAGGAUAAGAAUUGAUAGCAAAGCCCAUAUCCACACCAAUAUGGCACGGCGAAGGUAAUCAAUCAGAAAUUCUGUGCCUGUAAUUUUUUGAUUGGUGGGAGAAUUGCAUGUGGAAAGUGUUACAUCAGGUGUAAACAAGAUCAAAUGUAUCUAGUAUCUACUGACGUCCGCCUGUGGCCAUCAUCCAAAGGUUCUUCACAUUAUGUAAUUAGUUAGUCUUACAACUCCUUAGUUGAUGCUGCAGUUGGUAAAGCUCAAAUUCAUGCAUGUAGAGUUAGGCUUAGGAUCUCAGUGUAAAUCAUCUUAUACAUUUUCUUUCAAGUAAUAACUUGUUCAAAGGGUAGCUGUUUGUUAGGGUUAAGCUCCAUUUCAUUGGUUAGAAUUUUCCCUGUAUGUGAAUAUAAAAACAUGGGAAAUACUAACGAGCUUUCCAUUUUCCCCAGUGCGGAUGUUAUUCUGCAUUUUGCCUUCUCUGUAAAUUAUGUUAGGCUGUGCUGAAACCCACUGCAGCUUAUUCUUCUCUAGCAACUUAUUGUAGUUGUAGUAUUCUGGAAGGGUGUAGGGGGAGGCAGUUGGGUUUUGAAAAUGUUUGUCAGGAGUGAAGAUUUGAAUGGGAUUAAGAAAAGGGGAAGUGGAAAAGGGAUCAAAUGCUCAUUUCAAUUCUUUUCUAAAUAAUUAUGACAUUACUGAAAAAAAA